CGUGGUCGGCAACUUCAGUUGAUCGAAUUGCACUGUUGCGUCCUUUGACACGCUUAACCGCGUACGCAAACGAUUUCGCCACUGUUUCGCCGCUGUCACGUUCUGCCUGUCCUGACAAUGCCAAGUGUUUACAGAAAAUCACGUAAAUUAUGUCGCAGACGGUACACACGCACUUAGUAGAUUAGAGAAUUGGGAUCGCGCGGGAUUCGCCCGAACGGUGUGCUCCAAAGAAGCAAUCUACUGUGCAGCGGGCCGACAUCGGAUAUAUUUGCUUUAUUGAUAUUUUGAGUGCCAGAGACCUCGCGGUGCCUAUGCAUAUCUCCAGAAUUUGGACCGUGUUUUAGAAUACGUUGAAGAUAAAGUGUUUGUUACAUUCGGUUCAUUUACACAUUAUUCAACAUGUCGGAAAUAAUAUAUCCGCAAGGGUGCAGAUCAGUUACAGAAGAUUUAGGUCCUGAUGAAUUAAUCAGAAGACUUAAGACACUAGCACAUACCCUGCAAGCUAUGGGGCAAGAUGAAGGAAUGUAUCAGCAGUAUAUUCCACUCGCACUACACUUGGCGGAGGAACACUUCUUAAUGCAUCAGAGCAAAGAUGUGCAGUUGCUAAUCGCCUGCUGCAUCGCGGACGUUCUAAGAGUUUAUGCACCAGAGGCUCCCUACAAAGAUGCAGAUCAGGUCAAAACGAUAUUCCUAUUUCUUAUUAAACAACUGGCAGGCUUGAAAGAUCCAAAAGACCCUGCCUUCAAGCGGUACUUCUACUUGCUUGAAAAUUUAGCGUAUGUCAAGUCAUUCAACAUGUGCUUUGAACUGGAGGACUGCCAAGAAAUCUUCUGUGCAUUAUUUUCACUCAUGUUCAAAAUAGUGAACGACGAACAUUCUGGCAAAGUUAAAAGCUUCAUGCUGGAUGUCUUGUGCCCAUUGAUCACCGAAUCGGACAUCGUCAGUAACGAGCUUCUGGAUAUCAUACUGAUGAAUAUCGUCGAGCCAAGUAAAACGCAGAAAAAGAACGCGUAUCUGCUCGCUAAGGAGCUGGUGAUUAAGUGCAGCGACACCCUAGAACCAUACAUUCAAGCAUUUUUCAAUCACGUCUUGAUUUUGGGCAAGGAGGAAAAAAGCUUGCAAAUCUGCAAGAAAGUCUAUGACCUAAUUUACGAGCUGAAUCACAUAUGUCCGAGUGUCUUGUUGUCCGUCCUUCCUCAACUAGAAUGCAAAUUGAAAUCCUCUUCCGAGACUGAGAGACUGGGCGCCGUGGCAUUGCUGGCGAGAAUGUUCUCCGAGAAGGGCUCACAAUUGGCCGUGCAACAUACGCAAUUGUGGAGGGCGUUUUUGGGACGGUUCAACGACAUCAGCGUGUCCAUUCGUAUUAAAUGUGUGCAGUAUUCGAUGCAUUUCUUACUAAAUCAUCCCGAACUGAGGAAAGAUAUCACCGAUACUCUGAAAUUGAGGCAACAUGACGCCGAUGAGAAUGUCCGUUACGAAGUCGUAAUGGCUAUAGUGACGACUGCCAGACGAGACUUCGAGGUCGUGUCGGACAGUGAGGAUCUACUUGAAUUUGUCAAAGAAAGAACACUGGACAAAAAGUUUAAGAUACGAAAAGAGGCAAUGUCUGGCCUGGCUAUGAUAUACAAGAAACAUCUGAACGACGCGGACGUGCCACAGGCCACGAAGAAAGCAGUGAUCUGGAUAAAAGAUAAGAUAUUACAUGGCUAUUACAUGGCAGGCAUGGAAGACAGGCUAUUGGUGGAGAGACUGCUGAAUACAUGCCUAGUACCGUAUCAACUACCAGCUGAAGAGAGAAUGAAGAAGCUGUACCACCUCUUAGGUACAAUUGAUGAUCACGCUUCCAAAGCCUUUGUGGAACUUCAGAAGCAUCAGUUGGCUGUGAGACGGGCAGUAGUCGAGUGGUUGGAUAUCGUGAAGAAUGGCAAGUCUGAACUGGCGACGAAGGUUCAUCAAAUAUCGCGCUUCCUGCCGGAUCCUAUGAAGGUGCUGGAGUUCCUUCAGAAAUUCAGUACUCAUAUGAAGAAGGAAGUUAGAUUGCUGCAGGAGAUGGAAACGAUUGUGCAGCCGAAUGUUUCCUGCAAGGAAUGUGCUGACACAAUAACCAAGGUUCUGAAGAAAUUAGGGCAGCCGGUUAUGACUAAUCUGUACUACAACACGAUUAAGAUGCUGCUUGAGAGAGUGAGCUCUGUCAUGAUUGACGAAGAAGCGAUCAGGGUUUUGAUUGGGUACGUCUUGGACUGUCUGAAAGGAGGUAACGUGAUAGAGGAGGUUGGCCUUAAUCCUAAUAACGCCGGAGAGAAAGGAUUGAGAUUACUAGUGAUGCUGUCAUUCGUAUUUGGGCCGCACUUCCUGCACAAUGACAUCUUGAUGCAACUGGUGAAUCUUCUCGAGUUAGAGGACGAGAUGGUGGCACCGUUGGUCCUUUCGAUCUUCACGUUCCUGGGAAAAUAUAAACCGCUGUGCGACGUAGCGCCGGACAUCAUGAACCUCAUGGUACCGAUAUGCAAGAACUUCGCUGAGACGGGAACACCGAAGCAGGCGAAGCAGGCCGUGAGGUGUUUGUUCGUCAACAUGACCAACAUCCACGACACCAUUUUCCCUGAGAUCAUCGAGAGAAUCAAGAACACCCUGACGCCGACGUCGGAAUAUUAUCGAACGUCUAUAGUCACAUUAGGUCACAUAGCGUAUAAUUUGCCAGACAAAUAUCAAGUACAAAUAAAAAAUAUGGUGUCCAGAAAAAUAGUUAAAGAAUUAUUAGUGAAGGAAAGCAGCGAGCAAACGGCCGACGCCAUCGAGGGAGAUUGGUGCAGGGAGGAUCAAUUACCCGAGGAGACACGAUGCAGAUUAGAAGGCUUGAAGUGCAUGGCGCGCUGGCUGUUAGGAUUGAAGACCGACGUGUUGUCGGCGCAAAAGACAUUCAGAAUGUUGAACGCCUUCAUGGUGAACAAGGGAGAUCUGUUGUCACAGGGACGUCUGAGCAAGGCUGAAAUGAGUUGGUUGCGACUGCAGGCGGGUUGCUCAAUGUUGAAGAUAUGCGAGCAGAAGGGCGUUGGCGACCAAUUCACUGCGGAACAAUUUUAUAAUCUUUCGCAACUCAUGGUGGAUGAAGUUCCGCAAGUAAGAGAAGCUUUCGGCAACAAAUUACACAAAGGUCUUGGAAGAGGAAUUCCAAACAAAUGCUUGCCGUUGGAUUUCAUGGGGUAUUACGCAUUGGCCGGCAAGGAGCAAGACAAGAGACUAAAAUGUGUACUGAAAACAUACAUGCAGACAGAUAUAAAUAAGAGAAGAGAUUACGUGAAGACACUUUCAUUGGGCACUGUCGAACGGGCCAUGGGUCAACUGCCACAUAUUUUGCCGGAUUACAUGCUGGUUUUUGCGGUGCCUAUCCUCGCGCAUGACCCCGAGUUCACGAGUUACAUUAUGGUGAGCCAGUUGAAAGUCAUACAACAGUGUCUUUGGUUCAUCUUGGAACCGCUCAUCACGAAGAACGAAUAUUACUGUUAUGGAUUUUACAAAAACCUCGUGGAACGUAUGAAGAGCCACAAGGACGCAUUGAAACCUGAGGACAAUGAGAUGAAUUACAAAUUGUGGGCCGUUUGCGAUCUAGCAAUGAAUGUAAUAUACACGAAGACUACCAAUUUCGACAUGAAGGAAUUUCCGAGCGAAACGCGAAUUCCCACGAUGUACUUCAAACGGACAGACGAGAUGUUGACCAACACCAAGAAUUAUUUACCAGCAGAGCUGCAAAUAAGUAUGACAAAUCCAAAAGGAAAGGGAUCAUUCCACAACACACAUACGGUUAAUGAGAGACCACAACGCAGAACAAAAUCCAAACAACAAAAGGAAGUAGGCAUCGGACCUAAUGAGACAGACGCAAGGCUGCAAGCUGGAGAAAUGGAAUGUAUCGAUGCACAGCCUGCCGAAGCGUCAGAAACCAGGAUUCAAUUACCUGGCUUGGAAGAGGAGAUCGAGGAACCACCAUCAAAGAGGGCAUUAAGGGAAUCGGAUAAAGUAAAUAAAUAAUUCAGUGAUCGGACUACCCGGGGAACAUUGGGACGGGAAAAGACUUAAAGAACACGAGGGAGAUGAUAAGAAAAUUUAAAGAAUCUAAAAAAUACCUUACAAAUUAGAAAACAGAAUAUUUUGGUUAUGUAUAACAAUAAACCUAAGUCGUUCGUGUAUUUAGAUUGUAAGAGGUUAAGAGUAUGGCACAUUAACAUCAGAUAACGUAUAGGCUUACAGUGCAGAGAGUUCUUCUGAUUUGCAACUUGUGGGUAAAAAAAAA